ACGGGAAAGCCAAGAUGGCCGCCCUCACUUGAGCCUCUCGCGCGUGUUCCUGCCUCGCGCCGUCGGCUGCGGUGGCGGCCCGCUUCUCCUCCAGGCUCCGGGAGGGAGAGGGGGAUGCGAAGGCGCCGCGGCCCGGGAGUCGGCGUGACCGAGCUGCCGCUGCUCGUGGGCCUCCGCGGCCCCCGCGCCUCCGGGGAGCAGCCCGGGCUCGCAGCGCCCGGCGCGUUCCGAGUCCUCCAGAAAUAAUGUUGAUAUUUGGAACCCAUGUCGAACUUCUAUGAAGAAAGGGCAACAAUGAUUGCAGCCGGGGAUUUGCAGGAAUUUGUUCCUUUUGGUCGAGAUCACUGCAAGAACCACCCUAAUGCUUUGAACCUCCAGCUUCGUCAGCUACAGCCAGCCUCUGAAUUAUGGUCUUCUGAUGGUGCUGCUGGUUUGGUUGGAUCUCUUCAAGAGGUUACCAUCCACGAAAAACAGAAGGAAAGCUGGCAUUUGAGGAAAGGCGUAAGUGAAAUUGGAGAAGAAGCGGACUAUGAUGAGGAGCUGUAUGUGGCUGGAAAUAUGGUUAUCUGGAGCAGGGGAAGUAAAAGCCAGGCAAUGGCAGUUUAUAAAGCCUUUACAGUGGAUAGUCCUGUUCAACAGGCAUUAUGGUGUGACUUCAUUAUAUCACAGGAUAAGUCUGAAAAGAUCUACCGUAGCCAUGAGCUAGAAAAAUGCAUCUGUAUAUUGCAAAGCUCAUGUAUUAAUAUGCAUACCAUCGAAGGAAAGGAUUAUAUAGCUUCUUUACCAUUUCAGGUUGCAAAUGUUUGGGCCACUAAAUAUGGAUUGUUGUUUGAACGAAGCAGUUCUUCACAUGAGGUACCUCCAGUUCUACCCAGAGAACCUUUGCCAACGAUGUUCAGCAUGUUGCACCCACUAGAUGAAAUAACCCCCGUUGUUUGUAAAUCUGGAAGUCUUUUUGGGUCACCACGGGUGCAGUAUGUUGUAGAUCCUGCAAUGAAAAUUGUUUUUCUCAACAUGAACCCUUCCAUUGUAAUGACCUAUGACAAUGUUCAAAAUGUGCAUUCUGUGUGGACUCUCAGGAGAGUCAAAUCAGAGGAAGAGAAUGCUGUUUUAAAGUUUUCUGAGCCAGGGGGGACUCCACAGAAUGUGGCCACCAGCAGCUCCCUCACGGCACAUCUCAGAAGCCUCUCCAAAGGUGAUUCCCCUGUGGCUUCACCGUUCCAGAACUACUCUUCUAUUCACAGCCAGAGUCGCUCAGCCUCAUCACCCAGUCUGCACUCGCGUUCACCUUCCAUUUCCAACAUGGCAGCUCUAAGUCGUGCCCAUUCUCCUGCCUUGGGUGUGCACUCCUUUUCAGGGGUGCAAAGGUUCAACCUUUCAAGCCAUAAUCAAUCUCCAAAGAGACACAGUAUUUCUCAUUCUCCCAAUAGUAAUUGUAAUGGCUCCUUUCUUGCACCAGAAACAGAGCCAAUUGUUCCUGAACUGUGCAUUGAUCAUUUGUGGACUGAGGCAGUUACUAAUACAAGGGAGAAAAAUUCACAAGCCUCAAAGGUAUUUAUUACAACUGACCUAUGUGGACAAAAAUUCUUAUGCUUUCUGGUGGAGUCCCAAUUCCAAUUACGGUGUGUGAAGUUUCAAGAGAGUAAUGACAAAACCCAGCUCAUCUUUGGCUCUCUCACCAACAUACAUGCAAAGGAUGCAGCACCAGUGGAGAAGAUAGACGCCAUGGUAGUCCUAGAAGGCAAUGGAAACCUUGUACUAUACACAGGAGUGGUUAGGGUGGGAAAGGUUUUUAUUCCUGGACUUCCAGCUCCUUCUCUGACAAUGUCCAACACAAUGCCUCGGCCCAGUACACCCCUUGAUGGAGUUAGCUCUCCUAAGCCCCUUAGUAAAUUGCUUGGAUCAUUGGAUGAGGUUGUUCUGCUGUCCCCAGUUCCAGAAUUGAGGGAUUCCUCAAAACUUCAUGAUUCUCUCUAUAAUGAGGAUUGUACUUUCCAACAGCUUGGAACUUACAUUCAUUCUGUCAGAGAUCCUGUCCAUAACAGAGUAACUCUGGAACUGAGUAAUGGCUCCAUGGUUAGGAUCACUAUUCCUGAAAUUGCCACCUCAGAAUUAGUACAAACAUGUCUACACGCAAUUAAGUUUAUCCUGCCAAAAGAAGUAGCAGUUCAGAUGCUUGUCAAAUGGUACAAUGUCCACAGUGCUCCAGGAGGACCUGGUCACCACUCAGAGUGGAAUUUAUUUGUGAUUUGUCUCAUGAACAUGAUGGGCUAUAACACAGACCGCUUAGCAUGGACCCGAAGUAUUGACUUUGAAGGAUCACUUUCUCCAGUCAUUGCACCCAAAAAAGCAAGGCCUUCUGAGACCGGAUCUGAUGAUGACUGGGAAUAUUUAAUAAGUUCAGACUACCACAAGAAUGCUGAGUCUCAUCUUUUGACCAGAACCUUAGGUUUGAGUUUGUUGAAAACUUCAAGGGUGAAGGAUGAAGAAUUGUCUCAAAACCUCAUCCUGGAUUCAUCUACUCUUCUCUUUACUCAUAUACCUGCAAUAUUUUUUGUACUUCACCUUGUCUAUGAGGAGCUUAAGUUAAAUACUCUAAUGGGAGAGGGAAUUAGCUCACUUAUAGACCUUCUUGUUCAGCUGGCAAGGGACUUGCAAUUGGGGUCUUACGUAGAUCAUUACUAUCGAGACUAUCCAAUGCUUGUCAAAACUACUGGACAAGUUUGCACCAUUGAACAGGGGCAAACAGGAUUUAUGCAUCACCCAUCAUUUUUGACUUCUGAGCCACCAAGUAUUUAUCAGUGGGUGAGUUCUUGUCUUCAAGGUGAAGGAAUGCCACCCUAUCCUUACCUCCCUGGCAUCUGUGAAAGAAGCAGGCUAAUAGUCUUGAGUAUUGCCCUCUACAUCCUUGGUGAUGAGAGCUGUGUUUCUGAUGAUGCCUCACAGUAUUUAUCAAAACUAACUAUAACUCCUCAAAAGUCACAACUGGAGCAAGAAGAAAAGAGGUUUAGUUUCCGGCAUUGUACAUCUGUUUCUAGCCUAGCUGAAAAAUUAGUUGUUUGGAUGACCAGUGUGGGAUUCACUUUGAGAGAUUUGGAAACUCUUCCUUAUGGAAUUGCUCUACCUAUCAGAGAUGCAAUUUAUCACUGUCGAGAGCAACCUGAUUCAGACUGGCCAGAAGAUGUCUGUGUCUUGAUUGGACGUCAGGAUCUUUCCAAGCAGGCUUGUGAAGGAAACUUACCCAGAGGGAAAUCCGUGCUCUCCUCAGAUGUUUCCUCAGGAACAGAGGCUGAGGAGGAAGAUGAUGGCAUGAAUGACUUGAAUCAUGAGGUUAUGUCUUUAAUCUGGAGUGAAGACUUAAGGGUGCAGGAUGUGCGAAGGCUGCUUCAAAGUGCACACCCUGUCCGUGUCAAUGUGGUGCAGUACCCAGAACUCAGUGACCAUGAGUUUAUUGAAGAGAAAGAAAACAGAUUGCUUCAGUUAUGUCAGCGAACUAUGGCCCUUCCAGUAGGACGAGGAAUGUUUACCUUGUUUGCAUAUCAUCCUGUUCCAACAGAACCAUUGCCGAUUCCUAAAUUGAAUCUAACUGGUCGAGCUCCCCCUCGAAACACAACGGUAGAUCUGAAUAGUGGGAACAUCGAUGUGCCUCCCAACAUGACAAGCUGGGCCAGCUUCCAUAAUGGUGUGGCUGCUGGCCUGAAGAUAGCCCCUGCCUCCCAGAUUGACUCAGCUUGGAUUGUUUACAACAAGCCCAAGCAUGCUGAGUUAGCCAAUGAGUAUGCUGGCUUUCUCAUGGCCCUGGGUCUGAAUGGACACCUUACCAAGCUGGCUACUCUUAAUAUCCAUGACUACUUAACCAAGGGCCAUGAAAUGACAAGCAUUGGACUCCUACUUGGUGUGUCUGCUGCAAAACUAGGCACAAUGGAUAUGUCAAUUACUCGUCUUCUUAGCAUCCAUAUUCCUGCUCUCUUACCCCCAACGUCCACAGAGCUUGAUGUGCCUCACAAUGUUCAGGUGGCUGCCGUUGUUGGCAUUGGCCUUGUGUAUCAGGGGACAGCUCAUAGACAUACUGCAGAAGUCCUGUUGGCCGAAAUAGGGCGGCCUCCUGGUCCUGAAAUGGAGUACUGCACUGACAGAGAGUCAUACUCUUUAGCUGCUGGCCUGGCCCUGGGCAUGGUUUGCUUGGGGCAUGGUAGCAAUUUGAUAGGCAUGUCUGAUCUCAAUGUGCCUGAGCAGCUGUAUCAGUACAUGGUUGGAGGUCAUAGGCGCUUUCAAACUGGAAUGCACAGGGAGAAACAUAAGUCUCCAAGUUAUCAAAUCAAAGAGGGAGAUACCAUAAAUGUGGAUGUGACUUGUCCAGGUGCUACUCUAGCUCUGGCUAUGAUCUACUUGAAAACCAAUAACAGAUCUAUUGCAGAUUGGCUCCGUGCCCCCGAUACCAUGUACUUGCUGGACUUCGUGAAACCAGAAUUUCUUUUGCUUAGGACACUUGCUCGAUGCUUGAUUCUGUGGGAUGAUAUUUUACCGAAUUCCAAAUGGGUUGACAGCAAUGUUCCUCAAAUUAUAAGGGAAAAUAGUAUUUCUUUGAGUGAAAUUGAAUUGCCUUGUUCAGAGGAUUUGAAUUUGGAAACAUUGUCCCAAGCUCAUGUCUACAUAAUUGCAGGAGCCUGUUUAUCUCUGGGUUUUCGAUUUGCUGGCUCAGAAAAUUUGUCAGCAUUUAACUGUUUGCAUAAAUUUGCAAAAGAUUUUAUGACCUACUUGUCUGCACCAAAUGCUUCUGUAACAGGUCCUUACAACCUGGAAACAUGCCUGAGUGUAGUGCUGUUGGCUCUCUCCAUGGUAAUGGCUGGCUCUGGGAACCUAAAAGUUUUGCAGCUUUGCCGUUUCUUACACAUGAAAACAGGUGGUGAAAUGAACUAUGGUUUUCACUUAGCCCACCACAUGGCCCUUGGACUUCUGUUUUUGGGAGGAGGAAGGUAUUCUUUGAGCACAUCAAACUCUUCUAUUGCUGCUCUUCUCUGUGCCCUUUACCCACAUUUUCCAGCUCACAGCACUGACAACCGGUAUCAUCUGCAGGCCCUCCGGCACCUGUAUGUGCUGGCUGCAGAACCAAGGCUUCUAGUACCUGUGGAUGUGGAUACAAACACGCCCUGCUAUGCCCUCUUAGAAGUUACCUAUAAGGGCACUCAGUGGUAUGAACAAACCAAAGAAGAACUGAUGGCUCCUACCCUUCUUCCAGAACUCCACCUUCUAAAGCAGAUUAAAAUUAAAGGCCCAAGAUACUGGGAACUGCUCAUAGAUUUAAGCAAGGGAAUAGAACACCUGAAGUCUAUUCUUUCCAAGGAUGGGGUUUUAUAUGUCAAGCUAAGGGCAGGCCAGCUCUCCUACAAAGAAGAUCCAAUGGGAUGGCAGAGUUUGUUGGCUCAGACUGUUUCAAACAGGAAUUCUGAAGCCCGGAUUUUCAAGCCAGAAACAGUUUCAUCAUUCACUUCUGAUCCAGCACUUCUGUCAUUUGCUGAAUAUUUCUGCAAACCAAGUGUGAACAUGGGUCAGAAACAGGAAAUUCUGGAUCUCUUUUCUUCAGUACUUUAUGAAUGUGUUACCCAGGAGACCCCGGAGAUGUUGCCUGCAUACAUAGCAAUGGAUCAGGCUAUACGAGGACUUAAAAAAAGAGAAAUACCUGAUACAUCUGACCUUUGGCAGAUAAAGCUGGUGUUAGAGUUUUUUAGCUCGCGAAGCCAUCAGGAGCGGCUGCAGAACCAACCUAAGCGAGGGCUUUUUAUGAACUCUGAAUUCCUGCCAGUGGUGAAGUGCACUGUCGAUAACAUUCUGGACCAGUGGCUGCAAGGUGGAGGCGAUGUGUGUGUUCAGGCCUAUCUCAGUGGGCAGCCUGUGGAGGAAUCGCAGCUGAACAUGCUGGCCUGCUUCCUUGUCUACCACGCCGUGCCAGCUCCCAGGCACCUGCCACCCAUGGGACUAGAAGGAAGCACAAGCUUUGCGGAACUCCUCUUCAGAUUUAAACAGCUGAAGAUGCCUGUGCGAGCUCUGCUCAGAUUGGCGCCUUUGCUCCUUGGAAAUCCGCAGCCAAUGGUGAUGUGACCCUGUCCGGUGUGACUUGUGCAUAAAAUCAUGACCAAACAUCAGAGCUAAGGAAAUGUUUCUAAGUUUCAUGUUAUACUUAGGGGAGUUAAGCUGCACAUACCUUGCCAUAUUUUUCAACUCUGUCAGCGUUAACAUCGUAGGAGUCAACAUCAGUCAACAUUUACUUUUGUUAAUAAACUUGUUUUGUUUGUAAGAUUUGAUAGCUUUAGUUUUAGACCUGAGAGUGAUGCGGGUUGAUUUUGAAACCUUUGAACUAGAGUGGUGUAGGUAAGCUGUCUGCUCAAAACUGCAAAGUUUUAAAAGAAGCAAUGUUACUUUCUGCUGCCACAAAGAGCUUUCAUCAUGUCCAAGAUAUUACUUGUUUUGUUUAGUCUGUGCUGCCUGUGCUGCCUGUGAGCGUGCCUGACUUUCUCUUGGUGUGACCCUGUCAGUCAAAAGUGUUAAACCUUAUUGGAGGACUUCUCAGCAUGAAGUGUUACCGACUUCAUCCUCCUAAAACAACUGUUGAAGCCCUCGCAGUGUGCCUGGAUCUGGAGAUAGGGCUUUUAAAAGAUAACUGAAGUUAAGUGAGGUCGUAAGAAUGAGACCCCUCCCGACUUGGUAGAAUUAGUGGCCUCGUGAGAAGAGCACGAUUCUCUCUUUGCCAUGUGAGAACACGGCGAGAAGGCGACUUUCUGCUGUCUGGGAAGAGGCCCCCACCAGAACUGACUGUAUCCGCUGGCGCCUUGACUUGGACUUCAGCUUUCAGAACUGUAAGAAUAAAUUUUUCGUGUUUAAGCCA